AUGGUGGUCUCGAUCCAAGAUGCCGAUCAUGUGGUCUUCGAGUCCCCCAACAAGCACGUUCGCUGCGAAAUCACUUACAACCCGCUUCACAUUUCUUUCUACAUCGAUUCCGUCUUGAAGCUCACUCUCAACGACAAAAACCUCUUCUACUUUGAAGUCACCCGCCAAAAACCCACUGCCGCCAACCCCUCCGCUGCCUCCGUUUCCACCCAGCCGACCCCUUCUCCCAAAGAAACCAAGGAGAUCGUCGACUACACCGAGGCCGGAAAGGCUAUUUACGCCGAUGGCACGAUCGAAGGCCAAACCGAGGAAACCGUGGAAACCGUGGAAACCGUGGAAACCACCAUGGAGGUGACCGUCGAUAACGCCCCCGAAAGCCCCGAAUCCCCCGCGGAAUCGGAGAAGGAGGACGAAACGGGCGCGUGGGAGGAAUAUUUUGGCGGGAAAACCGACUCCAAGCCCUUCGGCCCGCAGUCGGUGGGCGUGGACAUGACGUUCUACUCGACGGUGGCGCUCUACGGCCUCCCCGAGCACAGCUGUUCCCCGCGGUUACAGUCGACGCGCGAGGGCGGCGCGUUCUCGGAUCCGUACCGUCUCUUCAACCUGGACGUGUUCGAAUACGAGACACACCGCAACACGGCGCUAUACGGGAGCGUUCCGUUCGUGGCGGCGCUGGGCGCGUCGUCGUCGAUCGGCGUGCUGUGGCUGAACCCCACGGACACGUUCGUGGACGUGUACCCGCUGGAGAACGCGCAGCAGUCGCUGCAGUGGAUCUCCGAGGCGGGCGUGGUCGACCUGUUCGUCCUGCCGGGCGCGUCGCUAGCGGCGGUGUAUGAGCAGUACGCGGCGCUGACGUCGUUCCCGUCCCUGCCGCCGUUCUUCGCGCUGGGGUACCACCAGUCGCGGUGGAACUAUCUGGACGAGCAGGACGUGGAGGAGGUGGCGCGGCGCUUCGAGGAGCUGGACUUCCCGUUCGACGUGGUGUGGCUGGACAUCGAGCACACCGUCGGGAAGAAGUACUUCACCUGGGACAAGCAGAACUUCCCCGACCCCGCGCGGAUGGUCCGCAAUCUCGCCAAGCACGGGCACAAGCUCGUGACCGUCGUCGAUCCCCACGUCAAGAAGGAGAAGGGCUAUCGAAUCAACGACGAGCUCCUCGCCAAGGACUGGUUCAUCAAGACCAGCACCGGCGCCGUCUACGACGGAUGGUGCUGGCCCGGCUCCAGCAACUACCCCGACUACACCGAUCCCCGCGUUCGCCAGUGGUGGGGCGACCAGUUCCUCCCGCAGAACUACGAGGGAUCGCUCGACUCGCUCUACACCUGGAACGACAUGAACGAGCCUUCCGUGUUCGACAGCCCCGAAGUCACGAUGCCCCGCGAUUGCGUCAAUCUCGCCGGCCAGGAACACCGCGAAUGGCACAACAUGUCAAAAAAGCCCCGAUUUCUGACACAUAGAUACGGCUAUUACUACCAUAACGCGUGUAUCGAAGGCCAGAAGCGCCGUUCUCCGCAUCAACGCCCCUUCGUUCUCUCUCGCUCCUUCUUCGUUGGCUCGCAGCGCAACAGCGCGAUUUGGACCGGCGACAACAUGGCCAAUUGGGACCAUUUGGCCGCCGUGGUCCCCAUGCUGCUCGGCCUCAGCAUGGGCGGCAUUCCCUUCACCGGCUCCGACGUCCCGGGCUUCUUCAAAGACCCCUCCGAGGAAUUGGCGAUUCGCUGGUACCAGCUCGGCGCCUGGAUGCCCUUCUUCCGCGCCCACGCCCACAUCGACACCAAGCGUCGCGAGCCCUGGACCUUCUCCGCCCCUACUCUCUCUCUUCUGCGCCAGGCCGUCCUCGACCGCUACUCCUGGCUGCCCUACCUCUACACCACCGCCUGGCAGGCGCACCGCUUCGGCGCGCCGAUGCUUCGCCCGCUCGUCUGGUCCUUCGCUCACGACGCGGCCGCGCGGGACGAAGAGACCGCCUUCCUCGCGGGAGACGCCGUCUUCGUCGCGCCCGUCGUCCAGGAGAACGCGCGGACCCGUGUACGUGCCGCAAGGCGAUUGGCUGAGCGUGUUCGACGGUUCUCUGAUUCGCGGAGGCGGUAUCCCGCGGGGAGGAGGUGUGAUGUAGCGAGGCAGUGGAUCGAGGCGCCGCUGGAACACAUCGUGGUGCUGCAGAGGGCGGGAAGCGUAGUCCCGCGGCAAAUGCGAGUGCGUCGGAGCGCAGAUUCGAUGCGAUUCGACCCGUUUUCGUACUUUGUGGUGAGCGAUGAGAGCGGAAAGGCGAGCGGAUGGGUGUAUCAUGAUGAACGGGAUGGAUGGGGUUUCGAAUCGAAGCGUUUCGCGUGGAUGAAAGUGGAAAUGGAGAAUGGCGUGAUUCGGUCGGUGCGAGUGGAGGGAAGCUUUGAGGAUGUGAACGAGGUGGAGAGGAUUGUGGUGAGAACGGAGUUGAAUCCGAAGGUGAUCCGGGUGAGAGAGAAUGGAACCGUGCGAAACGUGGAGUUUGUGAGAGAUGAGGAGAAGAAGCUGAUUACGAUCCGCAAGCCCUUGGUGAAGGUUACUGGAGAGUGGGAGAUUGAGAUGAAUUAA